CUACGUACAAUUGAUUGUUUCUUCAACGAGCCUCUAGAAGAGGGAUGACUCCGAGUUGUGGUUUGCUACAGUCACGUGCGCGCCAAUCGGAAGUCCACUAGCGUUGAAGCAUCUUUUCUUGACAAUCGCGAUCGCGACGCUCCGUGAUUCACGACCAUGUCAUAUUGCGCCUCGCAAAGAGUCUGAUCUCUUUCCCCUCUACGAUAUGCGAACACUUCCUUGAAGAAUCUUACGAGUCUUCUCCGCGUGGGAAACAGGAGCGCGAGAGUUGUCAUGGCGGCGUCCACCAUCACCCCAGCUCAGGCAGAGCUUAUAAGCUCUCUAUCUCAGGAUGAGAUCCCUAUCAAGCUUCGUUGCGCAAUCUGCAGCAGACUCGCAGUCAAUGCAUUUAGGUUGCCUUGCUGUGAUCAGGCAAUAUGCGAGCACUGCCACUCAGAGUUAUCAUCUACAUGCGCGGUUUGCGAACAUACCCCGAUUUCUGCAGAAGACUGCAAACCGAAUAAGUCACUUCGAACCACCAUCAAGGUCUUCCUACGGACGGAGGAGAAGAAACGAGAAGCUCUACGGUUGAAGGAAGAGAAGAACACACCACCCGAUACCCCUAUUACUGUCGAACCAACUCCUGCCGGACCAGUUGCUCCUGUUGAAGAGCCCGCGCCCGCGAAUGACAUUACAAAUAUUGCAGAAGAGAAGGACGAGAAGGUUGAUAUAGUAACGGAACCAUCUGACCCACCUUUGCCAACUACCUUGGACCCAGAGCAAGCAGCACAGGCUGAGCAGGAUAUUCCACAGCCAUCAAUUGAAGAGAUUGCGCCUGGCCAAGAGUCUACAGGUGAAUUAGAUACUGACACGGCCGAGGUCACACAGAAUGGCGAGGAAAGCAUAGAGAAAGAUAUCAACGGACACUCAGCCGUGCCUCAAACACCAGGAUUUGGUGCUGGCUUUGGCUUCGAUCCCAGUGCCGCUGGUGGUUUCCCUGGCAUGGGAUUUGGAGGCGACUUCAAUCAAAUGCAAAUGAUGAUGGCCAUGCAAAACGGCAUGGGAGGUGGAGGUGGCUUCGGGAACUUUCCUAUGAUGGGAAUGCCGGGGAUGGAUCCGAUGGCAAUGCAGAACAUGUUCUUGAACGGUGGUUUUGGAGCAGGCAUGAACGGCAUGAAUAUGGGGAUGGGAAUAGGGUUCGAGGGAGGUGUUGGUGCAGGCUUCAAUAAUGGUUGGAACGGACAAUCAUGGAAUGUCGGAGAUAAUUUCAAUCCAAAUGCAGCCAGCAUGGCUCACGGUCACGGUGAUUAUGGCGCAAAUAACUCUGGAUACGCCUCUCACACUGCAGGAUUUAACCAAGGUAAUUAUGGUCGUGGAAACCACUACAAUGAUUACCAGAACAACUACGGAUCCCAAGGAUUUCGUGGCCGAGGUCGAGGCCGAGGUGGCCAUGGACGUGGUGGCUAUUAUGGUCCCAAUGAAGCAUUCUCACACCAGAUUCCACAGCAGUACGGAAAUCAACAAUCGAAUGGGCCCAUAAGUGAAACUGGAUCAAUCCCUAAAGGGCCCAAGACUGAAUCCGAACCUGCUCCAAAUGUCGACGAGUUUGGUAGAGAGCUGCGCCCUGACACCAAGGAAGAUACGCCAAAAGUAGUGGAUGACGAAAGCGCUGUCAAGCCACAGGAACGCAGCGAUAAUCCCGUGGCCGAAUUGACUACAGAUGCUGUACCUCAGGAACCGGAAAGUUUACAGGAUAGCAAUGCUCCUAUGCCAAUCCAGACUUUGGAUGACGUUGAUACGGAGUACAAUGUAGACAACUAUGGAGCUGGCGGCUAUGGUCAAAGUCAUCUUCGAGGAGCACGUGGUGGUAGCUAUUCUGCCAUGCAGCCCCCCGUGAAGCCUCUUGAUGUUCCUAUCAAUGCUCCUACAGGUCCCAAAGCCAUGAGAGAAGGCCUUCCCAAUACAAGCAUUUACAAUAUGCGAGGACGAGGCUACAUUCCUGGAGGCGUUAGUUCAAGGCCAAGUGGCAGUGCUAGCGUCAGUGUUGCCCCAGAUGUCUCUGAAAAGGGAGACGAGCGAGAGCACAGUAGAUCACCCUCAAGAGGCCCGGAUAGGUCUAAAGAAAGAUCAAGAUCUAGGUCACGUAACCGACAGAGGAGCAGAAGCCGAGAUCGACAUCAUCGAAGGCAUAGACAUCGGUCUGCAUCACUUACCGAAGAUGACAAGGAGACGGAGAGGCGGAGGGAGCGGAGACGAGAGAAGGAGAGAGAACGUCAUCGCCGCCACGAAGAAGAAACUGUUGAUGAUGGUCCAGGAGAGAGGGUUGAGACAGACGACGUGCCUGAAAAUGAAAAAUCUCGUUCCGCUUCCCCAUCCGGAUCAAGACGCUCAGGUCACGUAAGUCGUAGAGAAAAGGAUAAGUAUCGAGAGCGAGACAGAGAUUCUGACAAAGAUCGCAAAUCUUCCCACAGACACCGCUCACGCCGCUCACAUCGUGACGAUCGUGAGAGGUCAAGAAGCCGCGACAGGGAGCGGGACUCGCACAGACGCCGCAGCCGCCAUUAUUCCGAAGAGCCUCAACCUGAACCGAAAGCCGAGCCAAGUGUGGCGGAAUCACCUGUCGAGGCGGAGGAGAUCUUCCGUAAACCUUCAAUCAUCGAAAUUAAAGGUGCCUCAGAACGUCGCAAGCACACCCUCGACGAUAUCAAAAUUCCCACCGGUCCUCGAUCAGACCGAAUCCCAAGUUCUACCUCUUCACGUGACUUCAAGGAGAAACGCUCUCAUGACGAUCGUCCUUCUAGGCAUGAGUCUUCCCGUUCAGGCCGCAAUAAAGAUAGACAGCGUGAUCGUGGCUAUGAUCGUGAGAAGGAGCGAGAGAAGGAGAAAGAUCGAUCUGUCCCUUCUACUCCAGCCAAGGAUCCUCACGAGCUAGAACGAGAGGCGAGAAACAGAGAACGAUUGCUGAAAGAGGCACAACGUAUCGCAGGUCUUACUGCUGCGGUUGGUAGAAAGAGAAGCAGAGAUGAUGGUGAUGAAGGUCUUGCUGGGAAGGGUAGAAGGAAGAAAGGACGCAGAAGUGGUGUUAUUGAUGAAAAUGAGGAGGCGAGGCUUGCGCGAUUGGAGGCGGAAAGAGAGAACAAUAGAUGGAACUGAAUGCCCCUUCUAGAUAAUUACGGGGUUCGGGGCGAAAGCCUAUUUUGUGCAUUCAUGGGUGGCAUACCUACCUUUAUCGGUCCAACAUUAUAACAUGCCUGGUCUGAAAAAGACGUAAAGAAAAAGGCAUUGCACAUCACUUCACUUAGCAUAGAUGACGCAGUGCGAGCUUGUAGUCUGGUCUUCUGCGCGUGUGCAUAUCUUUGCAUUGUAUGGUAUUGGUGGUAGUAAUUGCCUAGGCACUUUAUGGAAUUGAAAGAAAUGUUCU